AUGGCCGGGCGGGAAUCCGAAGUGACGCCCACGUCAUCGUCGCCUGAUUGGCUCCCCGCCGUCACGCGACCGUUCCAUCAGAAAAAUGCCCGGAUGAUCCUUCAAGGCGGGGGGGGUCAACCUAUGAGGCGAUUUUGCCCGUCCGCCGAGAAAAAAGCGCCAAAUCGUUGGAGGGAGGAAAAUAAUCCGCCUCGUCGAAGCCGCCUGGCGGGGGGUCCGGAUCGAGCGCCGCCCCCUCCCCCGCCGAGGUCUCGCUUUGGGGGUGAAGUCAGCAUGGCUCCCGCGACGCCCGGGGACGGCGACUGCGCAUGCGCCCCGCUCCUUCUCCGACUCUUCCCCCUCCCGCCUGGGGCGCAUGCGCGCUGGGGCUUCGCUGCGGCGCGAGUCCCUUUCUGCGCGGUGGCGCAAUGGCGCGGGGAAGGAGCGAGGGCAGCCACGGGCACAGCGCAUGCGCGGCAGCAGCCCGCCCUUUCUCUGUCUGGUGCAGCUGUUGCAAGAGGGCGAGUCCUGCGCGAGCUCGCAGUUCCAGGAAUAAAGAGCGCCCUUUCCUUUUCCUGCACUUCUGCAUGUGCGCGACUGCAGCAGCAGCGGGGCGAGCCUGCUCUGCUAAGAAGAAUCCACAAGCGGAAAGGCUCCCAGCAGCAGCAGCAGCUUUUCAUAUGCGCCAAAUACAGAGUUGAGCUGUGGAACUCCCUGCCACAAGAGGCGGCGCUGGCCAUCACCCUGGAAGGGAAUUAG